CCUCCGAUCAUUCACUGGAUUGAAGCUUUCUUCAAUGUCGCUUUCAGAAGGAACAGAAACCAGCAAAUGAGCCAUAAAAAGUACUGGCAAGAUUUACCUCCACCAGUGGUAGCGCGCAUGUGUAUCUUCCCAAAAGCAGCAGGAGUGUAGGCUGAGAGACUCAUUAAACAAAAUAACCGGAAGUAGCCUAGAGUGGUCACUUCCUCUUAGGUCUUUUCGGAGUUCGCUGCAAGGACUGUGCGUGUGCGUGGAGUGCGGCCUUUGGAAGUGUGGGUGUCCGCACUUCUGGUCCCGCGUGCGGUUGUCCCGUAUCUCCGAGGUGCAGCGAGCGUUAGGAGAGUGGCGGCGAGCUGAGAGGACGCUGGGAGGCCUCGCGCGCGUUUGUUCUACAGACCCUACACAGACCCAGAGGACAUUUAUCAGAUAGGCCAAGAGGCUGCACCCUUGCCCGUGUCUGAGCCUGCCCACAACUUCCAUCCUGGUGACCUUAUGUGGGUGAAGAGGAUGCUAUCCCAGAGCCAGAGGCCAACAUAGCAAGGCCCAUACCCUGUGAUCCUUACCACUUCUACACCCUGUGUACCCGUCACACCCAUCUGGAGGAGCCUACAAAAGAUAACAGAGAUGAGUUGUCACCAGGUCUUCCAUCCUUCUAAAGACAAGACUAACAUGGACCUGAUCAUCAUAGUUAGCCUAUUUUGUUGUUUUGAUUAUUUUGUAUGAUUCUCAAUAUUAACCCUUUAAAAUUUAUGUCACCUAUGUGCUGCAGUGGGCUUCCCCCCCUCUUCCCUUGUUUCAUAUUUCUCUUCAGCAAUGCCUGAUCUAAAAUAUUUACAACUUUCUGAAAUAGAGAUGAAUGUAGAUACUAAGUGCUAUAGAGAAAGAUGUGGAUGAUUACUUCUUACCGGGGAGAGACCCAUGCCCAUUAAAUUAUCAUCUGAGGGUCCUUGGGAUCUUUGUAGACAAGUCAAAAUAUACUUUCUCCCUUCCUCCCAGAUCAGAACUUUAGGAGAAUGUAGAUUGAUUAAUGAUAACAGAACAAAUUUUGUAGUUAAUUAUAAAUUUCAUUCACUUAGUAAAGACUCAACCAGUGGACACAGAAUGAAACAAUUUUUAUUUCAGGGUCCGUUAACUUUCAAGGACGUGGCCAUAGAAUUUUCGCGGGAGGAGUGGGAAUGCCUGAACUCUGCUCAGAGGACUUUGUACUGGGUUGUCAUGUUGGAGAAUUAUAGCAACCUGGUCUCUGUGGGCCUUCCUAUAUCAAAACCAGAACUUGUCAUCUGUCUUGAACAAAACAAAGAAUCCUCAAUUGCAGGCAUAGAGGAGGCAAAAGGCAUAGAAUCAGCCCUGUCGUGCUUUCUUAACAAGGAGCUAUUCAAAACAGGGAACAAACAAGAAUCUGUCGAGAGAGAAGGAUCAAGACAAUUUGAAAGUAAUAACCUCAGAAAGUUACAUGUAAGGAAAUUCUGGGAAUGUACAGGUGACAAUGAAGAGCAUGAAUUAUGUGUUGAUGGAAAUGAUCUUUAUGCAACACCCACUGCUGACGUUCCUAACAGAGGAGAUCGAGAAACUCCACCUUCUCCUGACAUGGCUCACCCUGGGCCACUUUCACAUUCAUGGUGGGAGCCUCUUCUAGGAAAAUGUUCACAUCAGUUUUUGAAACAUAACUUUACUCUACAGAGAAAUGUGAAUACACUGGGAAGUGACAUACGGGGUUAUAGAUCAGAAUGUUUGAGAUAUUUUUUAUAUAGUAUGGGAAUAAGCAGUACUUCAACACUUUGUGAGGAAAAAAGAGUUAAUAAUACAGAAAAACACAUACAGUGUUUUCAGUGUGAAAAAUGUUUGACUCCAAAUUCUUUACAACUUCCUGAGCAAUUAAAUCUACUUUGUGACAAGUUCUGCCAUAUAGAUCAACAUAAGAAUGUGUCUAUGAAUCCAGCGAAGCUUAAAUGUCAGUUUACAGGGAUUACUUACCAAGGUAAUGACUCAUGGGACAAGUAUAAUCAUCAUGUAACUCCUAAUGAUGAUCACAUAAGUAAUUGUUUUCUGGAGAAUUGUUACAAAAAUGGUAGAUGUACGGAUGUCUCUGGUCAGUGCACACUAUCUCCUUUCCACCAGCAGUACCAAAGCCAAGAGAAUUUAUCAAAAAAUAAGCAGCAGGAUGAAAUUUUAAAUGGGUCAUCAAAUUGUCCUUGUACUGAAACUAGGAUUAUAGGAGAAUUUUACAGACACGGAUGUGAUAAGUACAGUAAAGUCUCAGUUGAAUCAUCUAACAUAGAGAAGGAUAAUAUAAAUGAUAUUAGAAGAAAACCAGGCCUAUUUAUUAGAAGUGAUAAUUCUUUCAAUUUCCAUUUAAAUGUUCAAAAUGAGUCAAUCCGUACUGGAGAAAAACCUCAGAAAAAUGAAGUAUACAGACCAGAGUUUACCUCUCCUUCAAAUUUUACAGGGCCUUCAAGAUUCUUUGUUGAUCAGAAAUAUAAGAAAUCUGGGAAAUGUUCCAGAUCUUCAGGCCUCAGGAUUAAGAUGCUUCAUAGUGGAGAAAAAGCAUGCAAAUUUACAGAAUGUGGAAAGUCCUUUUCCCAGUUCUCAGGCCUUAGAAAGCAUUAUACAAACCAUACUGAGGAGAAACCUUACAAAUGUAAAGUAUGUGAAAGGACUUUUUGCACAGGAUCAUAUCUACAAAUUCAUCAUAGAAUCCACACUGGAGAAAAACCAUACAGAUGUAAAGAAUGUGGCAAGUCCUUUACUCGUGCUUCUUCUCUUCAAGUUCAUUACAGAGUGCAUACUGGAGAGAAACCUUACAAAUGUACAGAUUGUGGAAGGUCUUUUACCCUGCGCACACAUCUUCAGAACCACCACAGAAUCCAUACUGGAGAGAAACCUUACAAAUGUAAAGAAUGUGGAAAGUCAUUUGCCAAAGGAUCAAACCUUCAAGAUCAUCGCAGAAUUCAUACUAGAGAGAAACCUUACAAAUGUACAGAUUGUGGCAAGUCCUUUACCCUGCGCACACAUCUUCAGAACCACCACAGAGUCCAUACUGGAGAGAAACCUUACAAAUGUAAAGAAUGUGGAAAGUCCUUCGCCAAAGGAUCAAACCUUCGAGCUCAUCACAGAAUACAUACUGGAGAGAAACCUUACAAAUGUACAGAUUGUGGCAAGUCCUUUACAAACAGCUCAUGUCUUCGAAAACAUCACAGAACCCAUACUGGAGAGAAAUCUUACAAAUGUAAAGAGUGUGGCAAGUCCUUUGCUUGGGGUGCCUAUCUUAAAACUCACUACAAAAUACAUAGUAGGAAGAAACCUUAUAAAUGUAAUGAAUGUGGCAAGUGUUUUGCUGAGGGCUCAACUCUUGAAACCCACCACAGACUCCAUACUGGAGAGAAACCUUUCAUAUGUACAGAUUGUGGUAAGUCCUUUUCCUUUAGCUCAUCUCUUCGAAGACAUUGCAAGACCCAUACAGGAGAGAAAUAUUAUAAAUGUAAAGACUGUGGCAAGUCCUUUUCCCAGGACUCACAACUUCAGACUCACCAAAGAAUACAUAAGAGACUGAAACCUUACAAAUGUAAAGAGUGUGUAAAGUCUUUUACCAAAAGAUCGUAUCUUCAAGCUCAUUGCAGAAUCCAUACUGGAGAGAAACCAUUCAAAUGUAAAGAAUGUGGCAAAUCCUUUACCAGGGACUCAACUCUUCAAGUUCAUCAUAGAAUCCACACUGGAGAGAAACCUUACAAAUGUACAGAUUGUGGCAAGACCUUUACCCAGCACUCACAUCUCCAAAGCCACUACAGAAUCCAUACAGGAGAAAAACCUUACAAAUGUAAAGUCUGUGACAAGUCUUUUGCUGUGGGCUCAACUCUUCAAAAACAUCAAAAAAUCCACUCAUGAGAAAACCUUUAUAAAUGUUCAAAUUCCAUUACCUGGUUUUCAAACCCUUUUAUUUAUUUAUUUAUUUUACUUUUUUUUUGAGACAAAGUUUGGAGCCUGUCAUGGAACUAGCUCUUGUAGACCAGACUGGCCUUGAACUCACAGAGAUCUCCAUAUCUCUGUGAUUAAAGGUGUGUGCCACCACUGCCUGACUCUGGUUUUCAAAUCUUAACUAUCACCGUGGAAUCCAUAGUGGACACAAACCUUAGAGAUGUAAAGAAUGUUUGAAAUUUGUUAGCACAACUCUAAAUUUAGAACACAUAAUAUUUAGGUAAGAGACAGAUUCAAGCCUAAUGCUAACUCACUGUUCACCCAAGAAAAAUGAUCUUUAACAUGAGUAGAAUAGAUGGAAACUUCUAACCCAUGUUCAAACCUUAACAUUGGAGAGUAACACCAGGAAAUUCUACACUUGUAUGAUUUGAAAACAUUUUAUCCAGAAAUAAACCUUAUAUUCACUCUUGUAUUUUGAAUGUAAAUGACUCUCACAGGCACAUAGGGAGUGACAGUAUUAAGUGGUGUGGCCUUGUGGGAAGAAGUGUAUCACUGUUUCAAAUGCUCUAGGUUGGCUCAGUGUCACUCUUCCUGCUGCCUGCUGAUAUGAAUGUACAACUCAGCUACCUCUCUACCACAGUACUGCCAUGUUUCCUGUCAUGAUGAUAAUGAACAAUACCCCUGGAAAUGAAAGCCAUCCCCAAUUAAAUAUUUUCCUUUAUAAGAGUUACGGUGGUCACUGUGUCUCCUCACAGCAAUAGAAAUUCCACCUAAGUCAUCAAGAAGCAAUUCCUUUGAAAAUAGGUGAUAUAUGUUCUAAUGUUUAUAUAGAAUUACUCUGAAAUAAUUGUUAAGGAUAUAGAACUUAUAAAAAUUUAAAACAUAAAAACUUGUAUCAAAAUAAGAUUUCUGAUAACUAUCUAAAGUUAAACUUGCAUUUUUUUGUAUAUUCGAGUUGAACACUGUAUUUUCAUUUGUAGCAUAUAUUUUCAGAGUAAAGAUUACUGUGUUGUAGUAUUUGAUCUUUAAUUAUAUGUUUCAGAUUGUUUAUGACAUUAAAUUAACUCUUGUCUUUAUUCCUAAUUAGUAAAUUAAAACAUUUACUGCUG